CUCAAUUCGUCUUAGCCGCUGCCAUAAGACUUUAGCCUCUCUCAUCUCUCAGCACCGUCAAAGCCUGAACAUACGCAAUCAGUAAUCCGACUAUGAACGGCCCACCCGAUGCCUCCGCCGGACAUACACGCCCCGUCGUGUUCUUCGAUGUACAGAUUGGCGAAAGCAAGCUGCCAAGAAUACGUAUGGAGCUUUUCGACGACGUGGUACCCAAAACUGCCGAGAACUUCAGGCAGCUCUGUACGGGAGAACACAGGCAGAACGGUGUGCCUCAGGGAUACAAGGGUGCGACCUUCCAUCGUGUCGUACCGUCAUUCGUCAUUCAGGGAGGUGAUUUCGUGAACGGGGACGGAACAGGGACCUUUUCGAUCUACGGAGGCCAGAAAUUUGCCGACGAGAACUUUCAAGUGAAACACAACCAACCCGGUUUACUGAGCAUGGCAAACAGCGGGAAAGAUACCAACGGAUGUCAAUUCUUCAUUACGACGACAGAGACGUCUUUCUUGGAUGGCAAGCACGUGGUUUUCGGCCGAAUAGUGCCAGACGGACAGAGCAUGUUGAGCGUACGAAAGAUCGAAGCCGUACCGACUGGUGUCAAUGAUAGACCGAAGUUGAGGGUGCAGAUCGUAGAGUGCGGAGAGAUGUAAGGCGAGUUUAGAUAGCCAUAGGCUACACUUUCAAAUUCUCUGUUCCAUGUAUCUAGUACAAGCGAUCCUUUCGCCGCAUUACCACAUCGACAAACAUGGCAUACGCCGCCUCGCCUGGUUUGAAGCAG